AUGCGCCAGAAGCCCGCUCCUCAAAACACCUUUUUCAACCUCAAGCAAGAGCCGCAGCAGCAUCGGCCGACGUCAGUAGCCACCGAGUUCGUGGACACUGACUGGGAUGAAGAGGAAGACGACGGAGAAGUGAGCGAGGCGGAAGAUAACUCACCCCGAGUGAGUCUGCAGUCAUCGGGCCAGCCCAGUUUCACAACCCUCUCUUCGUACGACGAGGUCCCCACUCCUCGCUCAAGUAGAGGCCCCUAUGUCUACCUCGAACACUCCCCCAAGCAGGUCGAAGGUCCUCGCGGCCCCCACCUGUUCCAGUCCUCUGCCGACCAGUACAUGAGGUACCCGGCAGGCGAAGACGAUGUUGUCCUGACCCUGUCGCCCAUGACGCCACAUGUAUCUCGAGACGCUGCAUCCCAUGGCAAGUCUCGAUGGAGCGGCCCUUUCCAAUACACCGAUGCGGAGCUCGACUUGUCGACGCUGGCAUCAUGGACGCCCGAGAUGGUGGCACAGUCGAUGCUCAAUGCCGGCAUCGAGCUCGCGGUCACGGAGAGGCUCAUCGAGAAUGAUAUCAACGGUGCCCUUUUGAUCACGCUAAAGUUUGAAGACUUGAAAGAGCUGGACAUUCACUCCUUUGGCAUCCGGACCAAGUUAUGGAACCAGAUUAAGCUCCUGUUGGACAGCACGCCCGCGUCGCCCGAGGCGACGACUCCCAUUGAGGAUAAGCCCAGCCGGGAAGCCAGGAAGGCCAUGAAGAAGGAUGGCUCCAGCUCGGUGCGGCGCCACGAGAGCAAGCGCAGGGUUCGCCGGGCCAACGAUCCCAUCACGCCGAUGGAGUCGGUAUCCAUUAUUGGGAUCGAGCAGGUCAUCCCAAAGCCGCACAACUGCUCCAAGGGCGAGAACUGUUCAAAGUGGAGGAAGCAGCAGAAGGCCAUCGAGGAGUUCAAGAGGCUGAACCCACACAUCGACAUCAACAAGGCCGGCGGCGCCGUCCUCGUCUACGGCGACGUGGGCAAUCCCGACACAGCCAGGGCCUUGGAUCCGAACGAGACGAUGCGGCCAUUCUCCGACUCGGUGCCGUCCGUGGUGGCGUCGUCCGACAUUCUCGGGCCUGGCAACCUGCCACCGUUGCAGUACCUCCAGGAGGCAACCCUUCGGAACUUGCAGGCUCGCGAUCCUCAGGACAAUGUCCGCCAGUUUCUCAACUUUCAGCGGAACAACAUAGUCAGCAACGAGGUGCCGCUCACCCCUCCCUUUGAGGUUACCCCGUCUGCGCAACCUCACCAGGGCUUGCGACGUCUGCCGAAGUUGUCGAUCCCUGGAAACUCUCAGCCCGCCGCGCGACAGCCCCCUCCGCGGCCGGCUACUUCACAACCUGUACAGCAACAGCAGCAGCAGCAGCAAGCAGCACGCCGCUCGUCUCCCUUGCAGCAAGAGUUUGUGCCAUACCAAAUGGACAAGGCUGACCCGCUGUCUCCCGAUUUGGAGACGGCGAAGAACCCGUACCGAUUCGGCACGCCCUUCUCUGAGAUGGACGUUCCCGUCACGGCUGUGCCUCUGGGCCCCGUUGCUCGAGAUGCCUCUCAGUCGGUGCCCCCUGACAUGAACUAUCGGGCUGCGCCCAUGGCUGGCCACAACCGGUCCCAGUCGCGGGCCUCUGGCCGCCGUCCGUCAUUUCCUGUCAUGCCUGCCUUGGACGAGAACCGGGUGACGCGCACGUAUCCCAGGGCCUCUUCGCCCAAGACUGCGUCUCCCCGGACUCCAGCUCAGCAACAACAGCAGCCACAGCCACAGCCACAGCACCAGCAGCCUACCCAAGCACCUCCUCGCUUCAACUACCCCUGGUCCCCCGCGGACCGUACCACCUACGAGCAGGCCAUUCCUUCCAUGCCCCCGCUACGCCCCGGUGAGUCCAGGGAGGCACCGGCCGCCAUGGCCUCAAGCGGCAUCAGCUUCCAAGGCCCGAUGAAGAAGCGCAAGAUGCGCAUGCUCCGCCACGAGUGGCAGGACGGCUACUUCACCCUCAGGGGCACUCGCCUGAACAUGCACAAGGACGCUCAGCAGAUGGACCGCACGCUCGAGUACGUCGACAUUGACGACUACGCCAUCGCGUGCUCCAGCCUGGCCUCGACGUCCAAGCUCAGCGCCGCCUUCAAGGCCGUGUCCAUCCACAACCGCGAGAAGAGCGACCCCGUUGGCGCCUUUAGCUUCCAGCUCAUUCCCCAGGACAAGAACGGGGCGCGGCUGCGUAAGCGGGACAGCUCUCUUCAGCAGGGCAACGCGCCUGCCGAGGGCGUCAACGGAACGGGCAAGACGCAUCACUUUGCAGUCAAGAACCGCGAUGAGCGGAUUGACUGGAUGCGAGAGCUCAUGCUGGCCAAGGCCCUGAAGCAAAAGGGCGAUGGCUUUGAGAUUAGCGUCAACGGUAACAUGAUUUGA